AUGAGUAUCCUACAGGCACAGCUAAAUUCGGAGGCUCGCCGUUCUCCUAGGCCGAGGGUUGGUAGAAGGGACAUCCCUCGGAAUGCCGCAAGGGAUCGACACCCCGCCAACCGCGAUGCACCAAGGCCACGCGUUGAUACACGCGAUGUUCCUCCGGUCGCCGCCCCUCCCACGGCCGCCGCGCCACCGAUCACUCUCCCUGCGCCGAAGAUGCGCAAUGCAGCGCAGCUGCAUCACCAUCGCGAGAAGAGACAUCGCAAUAAGAAGGCCCGCAGAGAACGGAAGCGAGAUGCUCCCGAGUUGGAGGAUGCUGCUGAGUUGGAGAAGAAAAGGGGUCGAGGAAGAGGAGGAGGUGCCCGUGGAUGCUAG